AUGGACGAUGGUACCGCCCUGCUGCUGGCCGUUCCCUACUAUCUGUUCGUCCUGCCCGUCUCCGCCAUCCUGAGCGUCCUCUUCGCCGUCCUGUCACGGCUCUACAAUGCCCUGCAAUUCGUCCUGCUGCCCUUCAUCUACCUUGCGCACUUUGCUUGGCGCGCCGUUGUUUUUCCCUUCGUCAUGCUCGCAAAACUCGAGACUCUCUAUGUCUAUCUUGGCGUUGCGGGGAUUGUUGGCGUGACAACCGGCGGCAUCCUCUACUUCAGCUUUAGUGUGCUGAAGUCUGCCUUCAACCUUGACUCGCCCGAAGAGUUCUCCGGGGCUACGGCUGCGGAAUACAGAGCUGCCCGACGCAAAAAGAAGGCUGCUCAAAGAAAUGCCGGCGCUCCUAUGCCAAUGGACAGCUCGAGCCAAUUGAGAGAAAUUCCUCGGUCCAAGAGGCGAGACCUUUUAGCCCAGACAAUCCUAGAAGAAGACGAUGCAGACUUCUGA